UUGUUUUUUUACAGGAAGAAUUUCAACCCAUCAUUCAAAUAUGUGGACUCGGAACCAGUUUCUGGUAAUUAUUAUCCAGUAACUAAUAGGGUAUUCAUAAAAGAUGACAAGCUACAAUUGACUGUGUUGACGGAUCGAGCUGAAGGUGCAACUGUUCUAGAUGGAGGACUGGAAGUUAUGUUACAUCGACGUUGUUUCGUUGACGAUCAUUGGGGAGUUGAUGAGGCACUUGAUGAGCCGGGUAACGGCAAUGGUCUCGUUGCUCGUGGAACUCAUUACGUACUACUUGGCGACACGAAGGUCGAGUUUAUUGCUGCUCUGACCAAUGGUCAUUUUCAAGUAUCGCUCAGUUGA